GUCGGUGUUUCGCAGCCCAGAGCUUCUGCAGCUGGUCACUCCGGCUUCCAGGGACUUGGAUCGCCUUACCCUUCCAGCUCCUGGAAGAGUGGUCCGGGGUGCCGAUCGGCGGCUUCCUAUGAGGAGUUCAACCCGCCCCGCCUGCCGCCCGGAUGGGACCGCGGGAGUGAGCUACAGUCUCCCGUGAAUAUUGAGUUGCUGAGGAAUUUGGGAAAAGACGAGCUGAAGUUCCCAUUCCAUGGAUCCCUUGGGUGCACCUUCCCAGUUUGUGGAUGUGGAUACACUGCCAAGCUGGGGUGACUCUUGUGAAGAUGAACUAAAUGCUUCUGAUACUGCAACCGAUGCAGACACCAUUAGAUCACCUUUUCUUUUUAACAAGACUAUCAAUGGAAAAGUGAUUCUUUGGAAAGGAGAUGUGGCAUUGCUGAACUGUACAGCCAUUGUGAAUACCAGCAAUGAAAACCUCACAGAUAAGAAUCCUGUGUCAGAAAGUAUCUUCAUGCUGGCAGGGCCUGAUUUGAAGGAGGAACUCCAGAAACUUAAAGGGUGCCGGACAGGUGAAGCCAAAUUGACAAAAGGAUUUCAUCUGGCGGCCCGGUUCAUCAUUCACACAGUGGGACCCAAGUACAAGAGCCGCUACCGCACGGCAGCUGAGAGCUCCCUGUACAGCUGCUACCGGAACGUCCUUCAGCUGGCCAAAGAGCAGUCAAUGUCUUCUGUUGGAUUCUGUGUCAUCAAUUCUGCAAAACGAGGUUAUCCUUUAGAGGAUGCCACACACAUAGCCCUUCGCACUGUAAGGAGAUUUCUAGAGAUUCAUGGGGAGACCAUUGAAAAAGUAGUAUUUGCUGUCUCUGAACUUGAAGAGGCUACUUACCAAAAGCUGCUCCCUCUGUACUUCCCAAGGUCGUUAAAGGAGGAGGGUCGGUCAUUGCCGUACCUGCCUGCAGAUAUUGGAAAUGCAGAAGGGGAGCCUGUGGUACCUGAACGGCAGAUUCGAAUAAGUGAGAAACCUGGUGCCCCGGAAGACGACCAAGAAGAGGAGGAAGAAGGCUUGGGAGCUGACCUCUCUUUCAUUGGCUCUCAUGCUUUUGCCCGAAUGGAAGGAGAUAUUGAUAAGCAGAGAAGACUGAUCCUUCAGGGACAGUUGUCAGAGGCAGCCCUACAGAAGCAGCAUCAGAGAAAUUAUAAUCGCUGGUUAUGUCAAGCAAGAUCUGAGGACCUAUCGGAUAUUGCUUCUCUGAAAGCCUUAUACCAAACAGGUGUGGAUAACUGCGGUCGCACAGUGAUGGUGGUGGUUGGAAGAAACAUUCCAGUAACACUAAUAGAUAUGGACAAGGCCCUUUUAUACUUUAUCCAUGUAAUGGACCACAUCGCUGUGAAGGAAUACGUAUUAGUGUAUUUUCACACACUGACAAGCGAAUACAAUCACCUGGACUCUGACUUCCUGAAGAAACUCUACGAUGUCGUGGAUGUCAAGUAUAAGAGGAAUUUGAAGGCUGUUUAUUUUGUUCAUCCAACAUUUCGUUCAAAGGUAUCAACAUGGUUUUUUACCACCUUUUCUGUCUCAGGACUGAAGGACAAAGUCCACCAUGUGGACAGCCUCCACCAGCUGUUUUCUGCCAUCUCGCCAGAACAGAUCGACUUUCCUCCUUUCGUCCUUGAAUAUGAUGCCAGGGAAAAUGGGCCUUACUAUACGUCGUAUCCCCCAUCCCCAGACUUGUGACCUGCCCUCUCCCGGCCCUGGUUUCCAAGGACACCACCCUCUCCACGGAUCACUACCUGCUGAAGUGAUACUCAUUUUUGCUGUACAGAUCCAGAGAGCCUUUUGUGCCCACCUCUCUGGUAUUUUUUUAUUGACUGUAUAUUUUCUGGCACAUAAGCAAUCUGAAAAUGGUAGGCCAUUCUGAAUUGCACACUUAUUUUAACUUUGUAUAUUUGUAUCAAAUGAAAAUGUUCAUUUGUAGAGGGUUGUUCAUAGCAACUGGGGAGCAACUUUUGAGUAUCUUCAGUUUCCUGAAAGGACCCUGGAUUCUCCGUUAGACAAGCCACCCAUGUCACUCAUACCCUCUCUUUAACAUUGCACGCUUCCUUUGUGUACUUGAGCCUGUCUCAAAAUAUAUAGAACCAAUGUAUGCUGACCGGAUGCAUUAUUUGCUGCAGAUCCUGGCAUCACAUUUUAUACAGAUAAGGUGGUUAUGAUAAAAGAGAAUUGUCUAGGACCAAGGAUUUGGAAAUGAACUGAUCAGAAAUGUCAACAUCAUGAGCUAAAUAUAGGUCUUAGAAUUUUAUUGCACCAGUUAAGACGAAGGUUUAAGAACUAAAGUUCCUUGGAGCAUGUGGUUUGUUAAGAUUGUUCUGGUCUCAGCGGUGGGGGAAACAGGAAGAUGGUAGGUAUCUUCAGCCUUUUUCCUAUAAUCAUGGGUGAUUUUGUCUCCUUAUUCAAGGGGACCGUGCAUAUUGGAACCCUGAAGUGGAGGGCAUCUCCUGGACUCCAUCAGGGAGCCUUUGGAGAUGUGCGGUCUUCCCAGAGUCAUGCACGACCCUGUUUGGCUCUUAGAACUGCCCCCUGUAAGGACCCUUCCUAGUUGCCCACAUCAGUGUGGAGGGAGUGUGUGCAUGGAACGAAAUUCCAAACCACAUUUGUCACUCAGGCUCUCCCUGUGCCUUAGCUUGCUUAUGGGUAAAAGUAGAAUUAUGCUCCCUACCUCACAGAGGUGUCAUGAGGGCAGCAUUUAGAAAGGGCUUUUGAUGUCUUUGGAUGAAGAAUGCUAGGCGAGUUUUGGGGGUAGGGUGUCUUCAGUUACUUUUUCAGUGAUAAUAAAUAUGCUUGAGGGAGUGCUACAAGCCCUUCCCCUUGUCCUUGGCAUCUUUAGAGUGACUUUCUUUUCUUUUGGGACAAGAGCUGUUGGAGCAAAAUCCCAACCCUGAGGACCUCCUUCCUCUUCGUCCAGAUUUCUUCUGGCCUCCUCCCCCAGCGCUGCACUUUAAUGAGAGGCAUCUGCUAGCCAUUUUAAGCAUUUCUUCUUCAAUUAAGGUCACACCAUUAUCAUUUCCAUCUGGGUGUCCUCGUCCCCUCCAUGUCCUUCACCCCGGCAUGUCCAUUGGCAUUUUGGAGAAGCAAGUGUAGACAUCUUCUGGUCUAAAGUGCCCAGGAUCGGUGCUCCCAAGGGUCUGUUCCCUUUGCCCAAAUUAAUUCUUCAGUGGAAGUAAAACAACUUCUCGUUGUUUGUGAUAGAGAAGUCCCCUUUGGUUGUGUUAACUGCAUCCCCUGUUUUCCCAUAUAAAUGAGACGGGACUUUACAUUUCUAAGAUACGCGCGCCUGUCUCCUGCGUGUAGUGGACACAUUUGCUUUCUGUGGGAAAUCAAAACCACUUGUUCCUUAUGUAUUGCUUGUUUGUUAAGGACUUCCUGAUGACUUAGGUCAUCGGGUCCAGUGAGCCAGUCAGAAGUCUGGUGUUAAGCUUCCUCUCGAAUAGUGAUCCCUUAACCCCGUGAGCCUUGAGCCUUGAGAAUCUGAAAAAUUAACUUCAUCUGCUCCAGGCAAUUGUUAGGUCAUUUUUGAGGCAUCUUUUCCCUGGAGGCAGUUAUAAAAAUAUGCCAGCUUUUCUUGGUUAAAGCUGGACUUGGCUCCUUCACAUUGGCACCUGGCCCGAAUCAUUUCCUCUGUAGAUAACAGGCUGCAAGCUACUUCGCCAUUUGAAUGGAAACACAUUUACACGGACAGUUUCUUAUAGGCAAUCAUUUUGAAAGGAUGUCCCUUUGUGGUGAGUAUACCAGUGACACAAGCAGGAGUCUCCAUAUACUGAGAUUCUAGUUCAAUUGAUGUCCUAGGGGAGAAAGGUAGUGUAGGACUACGUACAUGUCAACCACGUUUCAUAAUUAAAUGGAGACGAAAGCUAAGGGCUGCUCUUCUCAAUGAAACUAAAUGUGGUGUGGGACCAAGUUUGUGUUGUUCUGCUGCCUGAAGUGUUAUGUAAUGAAGUUGUUUCUCGGUGUACUGAGGUCCUAGGAGUGGAACACAGUGACCUCGAUAUUGAAACGAUUAAGUAAUGCUCAGUGUCUAUCUGCCUCUGUGGAGCAGUGGAUGCCUGGACAACACACGCCAUGUUCAAGGAUGGACUUGAGGAUGAAAGGGUGACUGGGUGGGGAUGACCACUAGCAUCUGAUGUUAAUUCAAAGCACCACCCCGUCCUUAAUUCAGUUAAACCUUGGUCAUGCCAAAUGCUUCACUUACAAGACGUUAAGUUAAUCCAUUCAUUAAUUCAUGCAAGGCAGAAUAUGAUUUUUAAGACAAGUAUGUUUCUUGCUUCAGCAUAUGUUUGGAUUCUUCUGAACUCAUCUAUAUCUAAGUUUCUUGACAGCAAAAAUAACCUUGAAAAAAGCUCAGUUUUUAUUAGACUCUUAGUGUCUAGAGGCCAAAGUGGUUCAUAUUUUAAAGAUUUUGCUUUAAUGUAUAUCUUAGUUCGUUGGCUGGUGCUCUAUUUAUUUAUUUGUUAUUUUUUUUUAAGGAGUCCAUCUCCAGUAGUUUGAGAGUGAUCAACAGAGGAUUUUCAGAAUAUUUUUGAUAAGAAAAAUGGAUGUAGAUUUUUUUAUCAAAUACCUGAAAUCUAAAAGGAUUAAAAUAUCUCCUAUUUGUAGAGAUGGAUGAGUGUAAUCACUUAAGUAGGAAAAAAUGGUUAGCCUAUUUCUAUUUGUUUUCUAUUUGUUCAGAUAUUGUUUAAUGAAUUCAAACUGUACCUAAUGGUUUAAACUUUUCUUUGCAACAGUUAACAGGAAAGCGAUAAAGUGUAGCUUCAAUAUAG